AUGGGCGCAAGCACAAGAACGGGAAAGUUUGCCAUCGGAUUUACGGCUUUUGCAUUUUUGUUUAUUCUGAUCGCGUUCUGCUCGCCCUACUGGUUACAAACAGAUGGCAAACUUAAGCAUCCAAAGUUCACCAACCUAGGACUCUGGGAGCUGUGCCUUAGAAACUUUCAAGAUAUUCACCGAUGGUAUGACUACCCGUUCAAUGGAUGCAUGUGGAUAUUCGAGGAGGAGUACUACAUCAUCCAUGACUACAUUCUGCCCGGGUUCUUCAUAGCAGUACAGUUCUUCUUCACGCUCUGCUUCACGCUGCUCCUGAUGGGCGUGAUCAUGACGCUGAUGUACCUGAGCUGCUCCCGGGACAACGAUCGCUACAUCAUGCUGCUGCUCACAAACGGUACGGUGCUGCUGUUGUCUGCAUUUUGCGGUUUGAUAGCGGUCGCGACUUUCGGUUGCUAUGGUGAUAGCCGUGAUUGGAUGCCAAACUGGGAGCACAACGAUAUGGGGUGGUCAUUCGCGUUGGGUGUCGUCGGCACGUUUGCGCUGUUCCCGGCCGGCAUACUGUUCAUCGUGGAGGCCCGCCGUGCCACAUACCGGAGGCUGAACAACAUUGCCAACACGGAAAUGGCCGCCGCGUACACGAUGGACGAGCGUAAAUAUCGCGGAGGCCAUACCGAUAUCUAG